GCAAGGAGAUCCUUUAACAGACAGUUGGUGCACAGCCAAUCAUAAGCGGUGGGACGGCCCUUCCCAGCGGUAUAAAAGCCUGUGCUGGAGCCCGUUUCGUCUAUCUUGUUCCUGUAUUUCAGCCUGUGUCCUCACUCCUGAAGCAGAAUGGCCCGCACCAAGCAGACAGCGCGCAAAUCGACUGGCGGAAAAGCUCCUCGCAAACAGUUGGCGACCAAAGCGGCGCGGAAGAGCGCUCCUGCCACCGGCGGAGUGAAGAAGCCUCAUCGCUACCGGCCCGGCACCGUGGCUCUGAGGGAGAUCCGGCGCUACCAGAAAUCCACCGAGCUGCUCAUCCGCAAACUUCCCUUCCAGCGCCUGGUCCGGGAGAUCGCUCAGGACUUCAAAACCGAUCUGCGUUUCCAGAGCUCGGCCGUCAUGGCCCUGCAGGAGGCAAGUGAGGCUUACCUGGUCGGGCUCUUUGAGGACACUAACCUGUGCGCCAUCCACGCCAAGCGAGUCACCAUUAUGCCCAAAGACAUCCAAUUGGCCCGCCGCAUCCGCGGGGAGCGCGCCUAA